AAGGCAAUCAGGAACCAGAAGUCUCUGGAAAUACAUGCAGACUGGAGCCCUUCUCAUCCUAUUAAAGGAAAGGAAGUCGAAGAGGCCAUUAAGUCUGCUAGGGGAGGAAACAGGAAUUUCCAUGUAAUACAAUAUGGGUGUUAAAGGCUUGCAUUCGUUUGUGGUCAAUGCCUGUCUGGAUGGAUGCCUAGUGGUGAACCUGAAAGAAGUGGCUGAAAACCAUUGUAGAACCUAUCCUGGAUCAGUUCCUGUUCUUGUAGUAGAUGCUAUGUCUUGUCUUCGACAGUGGUAUACCCCACAAUCUUGGGUCUGUGGGGGCCAAUGGUGUGAAUAUCUUUCCAACUUGGACAGUUUUAUAAAUCGCUUUACAACCGCUGGUAUCAAACUAGUAUUCUAUUUUGAUGGCCUUGUAGAGCAAAAAAAACGAGAUGAAUGGGUCAAACGAAGAUUGAAAAAUAACAAAGAAAUAGCUAAGAUCUUUCAGUUCAUCAAAGCCAAUAAGCAGCAACCUGGGAGAGGAAUGUUCUUUAUACCAUCUGGACUGGCCACAUUUACACGCUUUGCCUUGAAAACCCUUGGUCAAGAGACCAUAUGUUCAUUGCAAGAAGCAGACUAUGAAAUAGCAUCUUAUGGACAAAAGAACAAUUGCAUGGGAAUUCUUGGAGAAGACACAGAUUACCUGAUCUAUGAUACUGCUCCUUAUUUUUCCAUUAAUAAACUACACUUGGAUUCACUAGAAACAGUAAUGUUCUCAAGGCAAAAUCUCUGCCAUUGGCUUGGUCUCAGUGUCCCAGACCUUCCUCUUUUUGCUUGUCUUCUUGGCACAGACAUUGUCCCAGAAAGUGCUAUGGAAGGUUUUCGGAAUCAGUGUUUAUCUUCGUAUCAGGCGAAAAGACACAGCUGUGACAAAAAAACAAAAAUUAUUCUUGCUGUGGCAAAUUAUAUUUCAACUAUUCCACAUGUAUAUGAGAGUUUGAUAGUUCUGGAAAAAAUGCUGCCUUUGGGAUCAGACAAAUCAAUAUUACGCAAAGGAAUAGAAUGUUAUCUGCUGCCUGGACAGCAUUCUCCGUGGCUUCCUUGUGACUUUCCAUCUCUCUCAGCAGCAGAGCUGAAGAAAGAUAUCCCUGUUUGUUUAGAUCAGGAGAUCUUCCAGAUAGCUAAAGAACAACAUGUACGAGCUGAAAAUCACAUGGUGUACAAUGUCCUAAGCUGUGCAGAGGUUGAGUGCAGCAAUACAUUGGAAGAUGAAUAUGACGCAUCACUUCCUGGGCAGGCACUUAUCUAUUGCCCUGCUCGCCAGCACAUCUAUUCCAUCCUGCUGGAGUCUGCAAAAGAUGCCAGUGGAAGCUAUCCUGUAGUCAAGGAGUGGUUUGUGUAUGCUGGAAAUUCCCUACAGCAGCCAGACCUUGUACAACCGAAACAACUUCCAGGUGGCAAUCCUAAUUUGAGAUCACUGUGGCUCAACAGGGGAGCUGAGGCUGAAAAGCAACGUUGUUGGGCAUUUCUGGCAUGCUUUCAACUUCAAGAUACAGCAGAGGAACUCCAGGCUCUGGAAACUCCUGUCUUUGUUGUCUGCUCCUUGUUACUCUACCUUGUUUUGCAAGUGGACAGCCUGUCUUCAGAAGAUCUGCAUGCAUUUAUGGCUCAGGCUCUGUGCCUUGAGGAGAAAUCAGCUGCUCAGCUUGCAGGCUUGCAGGAAUUACGAUGCACAAAAUUUCAGAAUCUGAUGGCCCUUAUUUGCAAAGCAGGCUCAGCAAAGGGAAGGCGAAUCCAGAGCAGACCACGACCAAACAGCUUUAUGAUAGGGAAGCAUGAAAGGGGCAGAGGUUCUCACCUGCAGCUUCAGAGCAGAAUUCAGUCUCAUUCUUAUCAGCACCAGGGCAAGGAAAGCCAGUGGCGAAGGCCUCAGCAGACUGGUUCCUCCUCUGAAUCUCAGCCUCCAGGUCCACGAUACAGACCAAGAUACCAAUCCUCAAGGGGACAAUUCCAGCUGGCUCCUCGAUGGCCAAGAUGACACUCCUCAAGGCUAUAAAUGAAUAAGACAAGUCUGAGCAGAGAAGGAGUUCUUAUAAAGUAUGCAAUUAAUUCUUUGAGUAAAAGGAUUCAUUGAAUUGAUUGGUUUUUAUGAUUUGUAAAGCAUAAUAGGGCACAAAAUAUCUUUUGCGAAAUAAAAUGCAAGAUGCCUUGCCCUUUAAAA